AUGGCUGCGCGCUCGCCGCCCUCACCGCUCCCUCCGCCCCCAGCGCGACAGUUGGGUCCCCGGUCCCCACGUAUCGGGCGGGGAGCUGAGGUACACGUAGUGCGCAGUGAGACCUCGGGUCUUGCCGGCGCAGCGCGGGAGGCCGUCGCGGACAAAAGUGAUAUAAUCCGGGGGGCCGAAGAAGGGUCAGGGGGCCGGCGCGGGCCGAGGGGCGCAGCUCUGGCUCAUGCUCCCCUCCUCAGCGCGCCCAUGGGGUCCAGGCGGCUAGAGGGCAUCUCGGUAGAGGAGGCGAUGGUGACCCGCACGCAGCUGCUGGAGGAAGAGCUGAGCAGCCUAAAGGAGGAGCUGGCCCUGUGUCAGGCUGAUAAAGAAUUUGUAUGGUCUUUGUGGAAACGUCUCCAGGUGACAAACCCAGAUCUCACACAAGCAGUCAGUUCGGUUGUAGAAAGAGAAAAACAGAAAUCUGAAGCUAAAGACAGAAAAGUUCUAGAAAUUCUGCAAGUCAAGGAUACUAAAAUACAAGAAUUGGAACAGAGAGAAUCAGUAUUAAAACAGGAAAUAAAUGACCUUGUAAAACGGAAGAUUGCAGGCGAUGAAGAAAAUGCGUUCUUAAGGAAAGAAUUCAAUGACUUGCAGGAGAAAUUUAAAGAUAAAAGUCAAGAAGUUAAGGACACUAAGCAGUGUGUGCAGAAUAAAGAAGAACAAAACAGACUGGUUAUAAAAAAUCUGGAAGAGGAAAAUGAAAAAUUAAGUACCCACUGUGCUGACCUGCUAAAUGACCUGGAGAAACUGAGGAAGCAGGAAGCACAUUGGAGAAAAGAAAAAUAUAGCAUUGAUGCAAAAGUAAAGGCCUUUGAAGACAGUUUAAUUGAAGCAAGAAAAGAAAUUGAAAUAUCAAAGAGUAAAUAUAAUGCUCUAUCAUUACAGUUGAGUAAUAAACAGACUGAACUUAUCCAGAAGGAUAUGGAUAUUACCCUGGUCAGGAAAGAACUGCAGGAGCUGCAGAAUCUUUACAAGCAGAACAGUGCACAUACAGCGCAGCAAGCAGAGCUGAUCCAGCAGCUUCAGGUUCUCAAUAUGGACACCCAAAAAGUACUGAGAAAUCAGGAAGAUGUUCACACAGCUGAAAGUAUAUCGUAUCAAAAACUUUACAAUGAGUUACAUAUUUGUUUUGAAACCACAAAAGCAAAUGAAGCUAUGCUCCGGCAAAGUGUUGUUAAUCUUCAGGAUCAACUAUUUCAAAAAGAGCAAGAAAAUGCUAAGUUAAAAGAAAAACUUCAGGAAUCACAAGCAGCACCCUGUCCUUUACCUCAAGAAAGUGAUUCAGAACAUUCAGUACAGGUAUCUCAACGGCCAUCUUUGUCAAGCUUAGAAACACUAAUGGUCUCACAGAAGUCUGAAAUUGAGUAUUUACAAGAAAAACUGAAAAUUGCAAAUGAAAAACUGUCAGAGAACAGAUUUACCAACAAGGGUUUCUCAGAGAAGACCAUCAUGACAAGUACUGAAGGAAAACAUAAGGAACCACCUGUGAAACGUUCAAGGUCUUUGUCCCCAAAGAGCUCUUUCACAGACUCAGAGGAGCUCAGGAAGCUGAGAAAAGCUGAAAGAAAGAUUGAGAACUUAGAGAAAGCACUACAACUAAAGAGCCAAGAAAAUGAUGAGCUAAGAGAUGCCCAUGAAAAACGCAAGGAAAGGCUACAGAUGUUACAGACCAACUACAGAGCAGUAAAAGAGCAAUUAAAACAGUGGGAAGAAGGCAGUGGCAUGACUGAAAUGAGAAAAAUAAAGAGAGCAGAUCCCCAACAACUUUGUCAAGAAGAUUCUGAUGCUGUAUGGAAUGAACUGGCAUAUUUCAAAAGGGAGAACCAGGAGCUAACGAUUCAAAAGAUGAAUCUUCAAGAAGAAUUGGACAAACUUAAAGUACAUUUAUCUAUUGAUAAGGCAACAAUACAAGAAUUGAAUAGAUGUAUGGCAGAGAAAAGAGAAGAACAACUCUUUAGAUAUGGUGAAGAUGAUGGGGUCAAGAAGAGUACUCCAGAGAAGAAUGGGAAAGAAAUGUCGAAGCAGACGUUACAGAAGAUCAUUGAAUUGGAAAAUCGGCUAAAAUCUUUUGAGAAAAGGUCGAGAAAAUUAAAAGAAGGGAAUAAAAAAUUAAUGAGAGAAAAUGAUUUCCUGAAAUCCCUCUUAAAACAGCAGCAAGAAGAUGCAGAGAUCAGAGGAAAAGAGCUAGAAGAGCUAGUAAAGGGGAGUAAAGAUGUAGAAAAAGACAAAACUGAACUUCAAGUAAAAAUCAGUGAGCUGGAGAGGGAAGUCACUUCCCUGAGACAAGUGGCGGAAGCUAAUGCAUCGAGAAAUGAAAGUGAAGAGCUGAUGAAUCCAAUGGAGAAAUCUCACCAUUCAGCAGACAGUGCUAAAUCUGAGAUGGCCACCAUGGAAGUGAGAUCUGGGCAAUGUGAUUGUAAAACAACCACCACCAAGGUUAAAUUUAAAGCUGCCAAGAAAAAGUGUUCUGUGGGUCGUCACCACACUGUUCUCAAUCACUCCAUCAAGGUUAUGAGCAGUGUGUUUGAGAACCUCAGCAAGGAUGGCUGGGAGGAUGUGAGUGAAAGCAGCAGUGAUUCUGAAACACAGACCUCUCAAAAUUUGGGAACAAUUAUUGUAGAAACAUCUGAGAAAAUAAGUCCUACAGAAGACAGAAGAGACCAGAAAGAAAGUGAUCAAACAGAAGACAGCCAAGCACAAGGAAAAGAAAUAGUCCAAAUAUAUUCAGAUACAGAUGGCAAAACCCCAAAAAUUUAUUUUCAUUACAAGAAUACCAAAAAAACAACUUUUCAGAAGAGUGGUAAUACGCAAAAGAGUUCACAUACAGCAGUUUCUACCAAAGUCAACAAAGAAAAGUGCAAAAAUAUAACUGCCCAGAAAUCAAGUAGCAAUAUUGUUUUAUUACGAGAACGGAUUAUCUCCUUGCAACAACAAAACAGUAUACUUCAGAAUGCCAAGAAAGCAGCAGAAUUGUCUGUUAAAGAAUAUAAAGAAGUCAAUGAAAAGCUUCUCCAUCAACAGCAAGUAUCAGAUCAACGAUUUCAGACAAGCAGACAGACGAUAAAGAAGCUAAAUUUGGAUUUGGCUGGUCUUCGGAAAGAAAAAGAAGAUUUACUAAAGAAAUUGGAGUCCUCAUCUGAAAUCACAAGUUUGGCAGAAGAAGUUUCCCGGGUAACAGUUCCACGGAUACAAGUUACGUCAAUUGGUCCUUCAAGGAGCAUGGAUUUGGAAAUGAAGCAAUUGCAGUGUAAACUAAAGAAUGCAACUAAUGAACUCACUAAACAGUCAUCAAAUGUGAAGUCUCUGAAAUUUGAACUCCUAGCGAAAGAAGAACACAUAAAGGAGAUGCAUGAAAAGAUGUCUCGAAUGGAGAGGGAUAUAACUAUGAAAAGACAUUUGAUAGAGGACUUGAAAUUUCGACAGAAAGUAAAUUCAGAAAGUAAUGAGAGUUUUAAUGAAAUGUUAGAAAGUCUUGAAAAAAAGGUAAAGACGUUAACUGAAGAAUGUUCCAACAAGAAGGUGUCAAUUGAUUCACUAAAGCAAAGACUUAAUGUUGCUGGAAAAGAGAAGUCACAAUAUGAACAGAUGUAUCAGAAAACUAAAGAAGAGUUAGAAAAAAAAGAUCUCAAGCUUACUUUCCUAGUAUCGAAAAUAAAUGAGACUGAGUCUGCAAUGGCAGAAAUUGAAACAACAGCAUCUAAGCAGCUUCAAGGAUUAGCAUUGCAAAGUGAGCACGUCCUAGAAGGUGCACAGAAGAAAUUGCUGUUAGCCAAUGAGAAAGUGGAAGAGUUCACCAUAUUUGUGAAGGCUUUAGUCAAAGAGUUGCAAAAUGAUGUCCAUGUGAUAAGGCGGCAAAUUAGAGAUCUUAAAAAAAUGCAAAAAAACAGGGAUGCUUCUAAAACCUCAACACAUAAAGCACAGACCUUGGCAGCUUCUAUCCUGAACAUUUCACAGUCAGAUCUAGAGGAAAUAUUGGAUACAGAAGAUGAAGUGGAAAUUGAAAAGACAAAGAUAGAUGCUGAAAAUGACAAGGAAUGGCUAUUGUACAUUCAGAAACUUCUUGAAGGACAGCUUCCUUUUGCCUCAUAUUUACUAGAAGCAGUAUUGGAGAAAAUAAAUGAAAAAAAGAAACUUGUUGAAGGAUACUUUACAAUUAUGAAGGAUAUUAGAUGAUAUUACAGUGAAGAGCAUUUUUCCAAAUGUGAAAACUUAUGUGAAUGUAGGUCGCAUCAGAUUAAGGCAAGGAUUGGCAAAUGAUGG